AUGUAUGAAGCUUACACUCCCAAUGAAGUUGCCGUAAAAUUGCCACUAGAAAUCACUUCGCUCACAUGUCAAAAGUCAUGUGGCAGUGUGUAUGCAGGCAGCAAAGUUGGACAACUGUUCGUUUAUACUCCCAAACGAACUAAUCGCCGUGGAUUUGAUCUCGACACUUUAUGCAAGCAAUUUGAAAGAAAGGCGGUGUUGGAUCUUUCGAUCUGCGAAGAGCAGGAUCUGGUUUUCUGUGUUUCUGACGGUCAAAUGGCCGCACAUUACCUAAAGGAUCGUCAUUUUCCCGUCGUUUCUAUACUUCAUAAGAUCAGGCCUGUUAAUGGAUUUGCAACGUGGAUACCAGAGGAUAGCGACACUGUACAUAUAUUUGUUUCCUCAAAGAAAAGGAUAUUCUUGUUUAAAUGGUUCGAGAAGGAUUUCCAAGAUGUUCGCUUCGAUUACAACCAAUCUUUUCCAGACAAACCAAAUACUAUGAGAGUAGUUGGUAAUACUCUUUUGCUGAGUUGCGGUCGCGACUACAUACUUGUCAAACUCACAAAGUCGACCAAUGAAGACGGAGAGUCUUGGACGGGUGAUUGUCGUCGACUCUUCGAUGUCAGUGACAAUCCAUCGAUAAUUGUGAUGAGGGAUCGUGAUCUUCUGGGAUUUUUACAUGGCGACACACUCAUUCUAACGAAUUUCGAAGGACAAAAGACUCCGUUAGCCGAUGUGCGCUUUAGCGAGGUGCCCUGCGAUAUCGUGUACGAUGCGCCAUAUGUUGUUGGAUUGUUGCCAAAAGGACGAGUCGAGGUGCGGUCAUUGAAUCCGCCUCACCUUAUACAGAGUAUGGCACUAAGUAAGGCCUCUCUUCUCUGUGCCGGAAAUCCUGGCUACGUGUUCGUCAGCAGCCCGUUUGAUGUCUGGAUGCUUGAUGCGCAUGCGAAUAUCCGCAAGAAUGUGUCGACGCUCAUCUCCGACAAACAGUUUGAAUUGGCUAUCCAAGUGGUGGAAAUGUCGAACUUUUUCACGGAAGAUAAUAAAAUUGAAAUAAAACGUCAAGCAGCCCUGAAUUUAUUCCAAAGGAAGAGGUUCGAGGAGUCCUUCCAAUUACAUGCAGAGAUCAAGACAGACGUUAUCACGAUAAUCCAGAUGUUCCCGGAGUUUUUGCCAGAGAAAUUACGAAGUAAUGCAGCUGCAUUUGAUCUCCCAGCAAAUGACAAGAAACGAGCGCUGCUUGCAUUGGGGAAUUACCUGUCAGCGAACGUCACCCAAAGGUCUAUGUGGCUAGCUCUUCGGGAACUUCGCAACCUCCUUAGGCAUGAAGGCAGCAUGUCCGCUCCGAUCUGUCAAAACAAUUGGAUCAGUACAGUAAGGAUUCGCCACCAUAGCCAUUCCAGCGUCAAUCCGGAUCAUCUUAAAAGCCUCCACAUAUCUCUUCAAGUGGUCGAUACCGCUCUCUUGAAGUGCUAUCUGCCAGUGAUAGGUAGUCUGUUAUUGGAUCAUUCAUCCUCAGUUCCGCAAGGAAUCCAGAAAAUCGCAAUCAAUGCUGUCUUUUUUUUAGACACGGCGUACUUGUUGAUUCCCUGCUCCGCCUGCACAACACUCUUGUUUCCUCGAAAGCAUUGGGGCGAUAGAUGGGCAACAGGAUUACGAGCACGCUUUCCCAGAUGGUUCGUGUUAAUUUUUUGUAAUUCAUUGCUUCAAUUUGAAGAACAACUUCUCGUAAGGAUACCUAUGAAUACGCAUUUUAUCUUUCACGUUGUAGAUGAAAACAUCGCUCGUGCUGGAGACGAAGGCGGAGAGCUGGGUGAAAUGCGGCGUCGCUUGAUAAAGUUUCUGCGGUUCUCAUUAUACUUCAGCCCUCAAGCAGUUCUUCUGCAACUCAGCAAUUCAGCGUUCUACGAAGAAAGAGCGCUGGUUCUGGGUCGACUCAAACAUCAUGAACAAGCCUUAGCCAUCUACACAUCGAUUUUGAAUGAUUUCGACGCUGCGGAAGAGUACUGCAAGUUGUACUAUGACGAAAGUGAUGAGAUUAACUCACAGGUAUAUUUGCAACUUUUCCGAGCGUUCGUCAGCCCUUCCGAUCCGAUGAUAGCUGGGGUUCUAGAGAAAGAGCUGCCAACUCCUGAACCCGAUAUCCUUGAUGCUAUUCGGGUGUUGAGUAGACAUGCAAGUAAAAUUGACACAGUGUAUGCUCUUCAACUCAUUCCACCUGGUACGCCCCUAUCCACACUGUGGAAGGCUCUUCAUGCCGUUUUGCAGACUACUCACAAUGAUGCUUGCGCUGUCAGUUGUUUUCGCUUUUCCUUUUUUGUUUUAUGUAUUUUCAUUAUUAUUACUUACUGA